AUGGGUGGUGAUGGUAGAGUUGAAGUUGUAAGUGGCAAGGGGUGUUCGAGGCUGUUUUCAUCUUCACUUCCUUCAUUCAGAGGUUUGCAACCGUUGGAGCCAAUGUCUCCCAUUUCGUCCUCUGUGCAACUGCCAUCAUCAACUGCUCCUUUUGCUAGGCUUGUCAUAUGCGUCACUGGUUUAUCUAAAGAAGCAAGGAAUCAGGUCAUGGAGGCUACAGAGAGAUUAGGUGGCCAGUAUAGCCCCAAUUUGCAUCCUCAAUGUACCCAUUUGGUGUACAGUUUUGGUGGACGCAAGUUUGAGCAUGCGCUGAAGCAUGGAGCAAAAAAUGGGCUUUUUGUCGUCACACUGGGUUGGUUCGUGGAUAGUGUCAGGAAAAAUGUGAGGUUGAGCGAAUCACAUUAUAGAGUGCAGAGUUACGGGGAUAACAACAUGAACAUGGAGGAUUUUAGACUGCUUCCUGAGUGUACAAAUGCUGAAAAUCAUUGUCUUCCUGCAAGAAUCCACCAAGCCAAGAAAGCUAAUAGUGUUGAGGAAAUUCAAAGAUUCUCUGUGAGAGAGUCUAUCAGAAAUUCGGACUCAACUUUGUCUGGGUGCUCCAUCUAUGUUGAUCCAAGCAUUUCAACUGAGUUGCGGAACAAGGUUACUGAGACUGCUUCAAGAGAAGGUGCUAGUUUGGUGGAGCAAUGGUUUGUUGGCUGCAAUGUUAGUCAUGUAGUAACUGAAGGGACAUCAAUCCAAAGAUAUCUUGGAUACUCUAAUAACCUCAUCACACCUCUGUGGAUUCUCAAAACAGCUAAGGAGAAAUAUGUACGAAGGCUUGUUCACAUGUCUGUUGAUUUGGCAAAGCAAGUUGGCCUGAUGCUUGAAGACGUUGAAAAUGGCAUUUCUAGAAAGGAAGUAGUAAAGCAAAAAGUCUCUGACAUUCCUGUGGAUAUUGAAAGUGAAGUUGGCUAUGAAGAAAGACAACAAAUUGUGAACUGUGCAAAAAUUGGAGUCAGAAAUCGCCGUGGUCGUCGAAUGCAGACUUGUCAGACUCCAAUACGUCCUAUAACACCCAACAACCUUCUAGACUCUAUCUGCUGGUCUAUAUCUGACCCAACUUCAACCGCUUCCAUCUACACAGACUCUUUUAGCGUUGAAGAUCCUAGUGAAAAUCACACUUCAAUAUUUUUCGACGCAAAAGGGGAUGGCAAGGAUUCAGAAGCCUCAUUUUCAAACUCCACUCGUCCUCUGACAGAAAGUGAGAAAUCCGAGCUGAUAUUCAAAAACCAUUUCCUUUCCAUACUCUUCCCAAUUGACCGAUUCGGCGAGAUGGGUCCUUCAUCAAGAACGUUUUUCAGUCAUAAUGGUUUUACGUGUCUUCAGGUGCUGGAUCAUAUCCAUGGAUUUUAUCAGGAGAACAUGUCAAGGCAGGAAAUAGAAGUUGCAAUUCAUAGUGAUUCAAGACACGCUGAUAGGCUUCGAUCAGUGUACUCAAGUAAGGAAACAACAGAACGUGGCUAUGUAAUGUUCAAAAGGGUUGAAUUCUUGGGUAGUCGUACAAGUUUUGAAAUGUUGAAGCGUGUAACUGGGGAAAACAACUCCAACGUGUAUGAGCUAUUACUUAGGGCCUAA